UAACAGAUAGGCAUAACUCUUAUCAUCAUUUUAUAGGUUAUCAAUGUCCUUGUAAUCUAACGAGAAACUAAACAUGGUAGUCAUCUUAAUAUUAUUUGUAAUUUGCUGCAUUAACUUGGACUCGGUUUCUGGUAGUGAUGAUAGAAUUUCUCGACUUGAGAAGCUUGUUGAAGCACAGAAUGUCAUGAUUCUUGGAUUUAAGAAUGAAUUUGAUGUGUUGAAAGACACCGUUAGGAUUCAAAAUAUCAAAAUUGACAGCUUGGAAAAUCAAUUGCAAAGCUGUAAGGCUUGUUUUGAUUUCAAGCGGUCCAAUAAUACUAGUACAUUGCUGCCUCAUCCAAUCUUACCAUCUCGGAAUAAACUGAAUGUCGAGACACCAAAAGUUGGUGUUCCAAACAACAGAAUGCAAAAAGAUUUAGAACGAAAUAGAAGAUUACUGCUGUCCGGAUCUAACGGUGAUUCCCCACCGAUUAUCGCAUUUCACGCAUACCUUUCAAAAUCGGAAAUAGACCCUGGACACCACCAUACCAUAAUCUUUGAUUCUGUCCUCUCAAAUUCCGGGAAUGGCUACAAUAAUAACUCAGGAACAUUCAUUGCUCCUGAAAAUGGAAUGUACGUUUUUGCUUAUACCGUCGUUGGGUACAGAGGAAGCAGAAUGCCUGUUCAUUUGGUUGUAAACAGUAACAUUGUCGGAGCUACCGCCACAGAUAGUAUAUCAGAUACUAAGUACCCAUCAGCCUCAACUGUAGUCGUUGUUUAUUUGAACCAGAAUGAUACAUGUUUUCUAAGAACUACAACAAAUACCGGUUAUGUUGUUGGAAAUUUGUAUAGCAGCGAUUGGUCUAGGUCAUCCUUUUCUGCAUGGAAACUUUGAGUUGGAUUAAUCGAACAUUUAAAUAAAAAUACAUUCUUGAAAUAUGUUGUUUGCUUUAACUGUUGACAAGACUUGCCAUUUUGAAAAAUGAAAAAUGAAGAAAAGACGAAAAGACGAUAAGACAUUUGAAGGUCCCUACUAUGUAUCGGUUACCUAAACUAUACAAAAAACCAGUAAAAUAUCGUUUCAUCUCGGCCUCUAGUAAGUGUUCUACAACUAAUUUUUCAGUGCUUUUAACAAGUUCCUUAACUACUAUCAAAGAGCUUAUCAUAAACUAUUGUAAUAAAAUAUAUGAAAAUAGUAGAAUUAACUAUUUGUGGAGUGUAAAAAAAUUCUUUGGAUGUUUUAGAUAAAUUACGUGCUUUUGAUGGUCCUUUUGAUUCUGUUGACAGUUUUGACUUUUCUACUCUUUACACUACACUUCCACACAAUCUUAUCAAACAAAAAUUUGACUAUUUAAUUAAAUGGUCGUUUGGUAAAUCUGAAUGCAAAAAUAAUUGCUGCAACUCAUUUAAAGCCUUCUUCUCUAAUGAGAAAGGUAAAUAUGCUAGAUAUACUUACUGGAGGUGUGAUGAGAUGAUUGAAGCUGUUAAUUUUCUCCUUGAUAAUAUUUAUGUACGUUUCGACAGCAAAGUUUGUCGACAGGUUGUAGGUAUUCCUAUGGGCACUAAUUACGCCCCUUUAAUAGCAGACUUGUUUUUUGUACUGUUAUGAAUCACAGUUUAUGACCAAACUCAGUAAAGACCCGUCUAAAUUGCAUUUAAUUGAUAAAUUCAACAACACUUACCGUUAUCUUGUUGAUAUUUUUCGUUAAAUAAUCAAGAAUUUUCUCAAUAUACUGCCGAAAUUUAAGCAAAGGAACUUACUUUAAAUAAAUCAAACUUAAACGGUAACAACUGUCCUUUCCUAGAUUUAGAUAUUUCGGUUUUACACGGGAAACUCCACACUAAAUUUAUGACAAAAGGGACGAUUUUUCGUUCCCUAUUGUUAAUUUUCCCUUUUUGGAUGGUGAUGUUCCUUUGGCACCAUCUUACGGUGUUUAUAUUUCACAACUCGUUCGCUAUGCCCGUGUCUGUUGUGACGUUUUUGAUUUUAACAAACGUAAUCUAUGUAUUACUGGUAAAUUAUUAAGCCAGGGAUUUCGUUACCACAAAUUACUUAAAACCUUUACUAAAUUCUUCCACAGAUAUAAAGAUUUGGUUUUGAAGUUUGGUUGUACCUGUAGAAAACUUAUUUCAAACGGGAUUGCACAUCCUCAUUUUUACGGCAAUAUUGUUUACCGUGCCCGGAAAUUUAGAAACGAUCCUGGUAAACUUAUCGAUCCUUUAAAUAAACAUAUUCUAAAAGGUUACCAAUUCAACACUGUAAUUAGAUCAUUAAAUAUUGUUUUUAUUGGUACUUAUAUUGAUUUUGUUAUCAGUAAAUUAAA